UAGACAUGUUAUUUAUAUAAUAGAAACCGGACCCGGGAACUAAAAUAAUUAACGAUAAAGAACGAUAACUCUGGUCGCUUCGAUAGCAAAAAACCUGACUUCUUCGUUUGAUGUUAACACACACAUGGAACCAAAAUGUGAAUUACUGGUAACGUAAUGAAUGCGGAGGAAAGUCAUCUAUUCACCAGAAAACCAACCAACGCCAGGGACUAACCCCAUAACAAGGAUGACCAAAUUGAAGCUGUGUCUCCGCCUGCUGUGGCACAGGAAGCUCACUCUGUGUGUCUGUGGGGCCAUACUAUUUAUAGUGCUAAACUGGUACAUGCAGAGUGAGUCUUUCCUGAUAGAAGAAUUUAAAUUCCCAGUUCCACCAACGACGAUGUCACGCCAAGAAAAGGGAAAGUUCUCCCCAGAAGAAAUAGAAGUCAUGAGGAAGAAAUCUCUAUCCAAGCAGGAAUCCCAGGUCUAUGUGAACUACAUGGCCGACAACUUUGUCAUUAAUUUCACAGUGAUUCAGAACAGUGCCAGAACUUGUAUCAAGAAAUUCUCCAUUUAUAACGCCGGCCAAAGCAACAUCCCCAGCUUCUUCUGGGCCAUCUAUUUCUAUGACAACGGCAAGGUUGGACACAACAGCUUCCCCUACCCCCGGGGCUUGCCCGUCGAUAACUCGGAACUUCUGAUUUUUCACGAGGCGGGAAACCUCUAUCGUCUCAGUCCCACCGAAAAGUUUUCUCCGUACAUUAAUUCUCGGGACACCAUCGAGGUGCCAUACGAGUCCUAUGGUCCUCACGUUUCCCGCCAUUAUAGUUUCCCGAACUGGUUUGUGUCGUGUGACAUCUGCUCCCCUCGCAUACUAAAGAGUACCGCCGGAGAGGACCUGAGCUUUGUGGAGACGUUCAGUAAGCCCCAGCAGUUGAAGCGAGGCUCCAGGGACUUAUAUAGGGCUUUUACAGCAAAAGACAGGUUCUCAAGAAAUUCAGCAGCAGCCAAAGCCCCUAAACCGUCCGUGCACUCAGUGAUUCCCACCCCCCUGCGGGUAGAUGCUGGGGGAGAGGAAUCUCUGGUAGUGACCCCCUCAGACUGGGUGGUCAGUACCAAGGACUUUGUGGAGGAAGCAUCUCUUCUUGCAGAAAAACUUCACCUAAAGCUUGCUAAGUCUGCAACAUCAAAAGUCAUCACUUUUAGUCAAGGAAAGGUGAACCUUCCCAAGAACUCCAGUCUCUCCGUCUCUGAAGCAUACCACAUUUACAUCAAUCCAAGCAAGAAUACCAUUGAAGUUACGGCCAACGAAGCAUCGGGGGCGUUCUAUGCCACGCAGACACUUCUCUCUCUCACGGAGAAAGACAGGUCAGACACCAGUAAGGAGAAGGGUCACAGAUUUCCCGGGAUGAACAUCACGGAUGCCCCCCGCUUUGAGUACCGGGGACUGAUGUUAGAUGUGAGCCGUAACUUUGUACAGAAGGCGACGGUUCUGAAACUGUUGGAUCUUAUGGCGACGUACAAGGUCAAUAAGUUUCACUUCCACCUGACAGAUGACGACGCGUGGAGGCUGGAAAUCCCAGAAUUCCCUGAGUUGACAAAGUAUGCCUCCAAUCGCUGUCUGGAUCCAUCCCAUGAAGUCUGUCUUCCACCUUCGCUAGGAUCUGGCCCCUUUGUCAACACAUCCGGAUCUGGAUUCUACACUGUCAGCGACUACAAAGAAAUCCUGAGGUACGCAAAAUCCAGGCACAUAGAGGUCAUUCCAGAAAUAGACGUUCCAGGCCAUGCCAGAUCCGCUAUCCAGGCGAUGGAACUGAGAUAUAGGAGAACUAAAAACUCCAUGUAUAGGCUGAUAGAUCCAGAUGACAGAUCCAGAUAUCUCUCUGCUCAAUCUUAUACGGAUGACGCAGUCAAUCCAUGUGUUGAUGGAACAUACCAAUUCUUCAAAGUCAUUCUACGUAACCUUCAGGAAUUACACAAGGAUAUUCAACCUUUGACCUUUUACAUGUUGGGUGGUGACGAAGUUGCAGGAGGGGCUUGGGAAAAAUCCCCGGCGUGUGCAGACUUGAAGCAGAAACACGAGUUAAGGGAUUAUCAUGAUUUGAAGAAGUUUUUCUUUAAGAGGAUGAUGGAGGAACUGAGACAGGAGGACUUGACCUUUGGAUUAUGGGGAGAUGCUGUCUUGGAUAAGUCACUGAAUCCGAAUCCUCUGGAGGAAGGCAUGAAGGGAAAGGUCUAUACAUAUAGUUGGUCCAACGUCUGGGAGUGGAAGAGAGGCUCACUGGCUUACAAACUGGCUAAUGCUGGCUACAAAGUGGUGAUGUCCCCUGCGACCUACUUUUACUUUGACCAGCCCUAUGAGCCGGACUUUGAGGAGCGGGGCCUUUACUGGGCCACGCGGUCCCUCGAUUCUCGCACCGCCUUCAGCUUUGUGCCGGACCACCUGUACUGGAAUCGUGGACGGACUCAGGAUGGAGGCGAGAUGACGGACGAGAUACUGUGCACUGGGGGGUGUCCCCCACUCACCCAGCCCCAGAAUAUACGCGGUAUCCAGGCCGACCUGUGGACGGAGACCAUUAGGACCCCCCAACACCUCCACUACAUGCUCUUCCCAAGAUUCUUGGCAUUUGCCGAGAGGGCGUGGCACAAAGCAUCAUGGGAAGAUCUGACAGACGUGGCCCAGCGGGACAAGGAACAGCAGAAGGACUGGGAGAGAUUUGCAGCCAUAUUGGGGCAGGGGGAGUUAAAGAGGCUGGAGAGCGAGGGGGUGGAGUAUCGACUGGACCCCCCGGGGGCAAGAUUCAGUAAUUCUAUUCUGGAAAUAAACACCAUAUUUCCUGGACUUCCAACGGAAUACAGUCUAAACCAAGGUGCAUCCUGGGAAAAAUACAACCCCAAAAUCACAACCAAACUCUCCAAUGCCGGCAAAAUCCUGGUCCGAUCUUCGUCCUUUGAUGGAAAAAGAAAGAGUCGAGUGGUUUCUGUGGAGAAUUCCAACUGAUUCGCGAUGGUGCCUGAUGUAGCGUACCAGUGUGUGAACUAAGUGCUAUGAUCUCAUGACUAACAAAGUGUGAGAGGUAGGAAUCGUCUGAUGUCUGUCUAUUUGUCUACAUGCAUCAGGGUAUCUGUCUUACUUGUAACUGAAGAAGAAACUGUAACAUUAGAGGGUCAUAUCUGGUGCAAAAAGGUCAUGCAUGACUUGGGCACCAUUUUGUGACCUUAACCAGAGGGGUAAUUUCACAGAAGUCAUGAUCACAUUAUUUUUAUUGACACAGAAAAGAAAACGAAGUGGUAGUAUUCCUUGUUGGACCAUCAUGUUAAUUGUGUUGAUUAAAUGAAUAAGGAAUCAUUCUUUGAGUAUUAUGAGGUGAUAAUUUCGGUUGGGCUGUGGUCAAAUCCAAUAAAGCCCGAAUGGCUUUAUGAGAGAUUUGAUCACGCCCCAACCGAAAUUAUCAUCUCACGAUAUUCAAAGAAUGAUUCCUCAUUACUUAUAUUUAUAUUAUUUCCAAUUUGUACACUUUAAAACAACAUUUUAAAACCACUACUUUUUUAUGUAGCACAUGUAUGUAUUACUACGUGGCGCAGCCAAUACCAUUUUUCGUUCUUGCAAUAAGACACACCCAUUUUGUGUCACUCAUUUUUUAUGGGUUAUAGGCUUCAAAUUGAUUCUUUAUGUUAUCACAGGCAAAGAGGUUGAAAAUGUAAAUAUUUUAUAGUAAGUGAAGUUUAUGUCUUUUGAUUUGUCAUACUCUGAUAUCCAAUGAAUUUUGAUUUUAGUAGGGAAAACUUUUUUGGCUAUAUCUUAUUGUGAAGGAAAUAAAAUUGAUUUUCUAGAAUAAAAGAGCAAUAAAAUUUAUAGAGAAAAAUCUCCUGUCUUCAGAUGAUUGUAUAUUUGGUAUAUUCUUGACCUGAGCAUGUACGUGCAGAAAACUUCAUUCAUUCCUUGAUAUUCGUUAUAUAAUUAAUCUAUGUAUACUUAUAUAUUUUUGGUGUAUUUUUUUUAAUGAUUUUUCUAUAUACAGUGGCAUACUAUAUUAUCAUUUAUUAUUAUAUUACAUGUUUAGAUAGUACCAUAAGUUAGAGGAGAUACAGGAAUAUUGGUUAAAUUAAAAAUGUGCCAGAUUUUCCCCAUUUUCGCAAAUUUUUAGACACGCGAAAAAAAAAUGGAUAUUCGGUAUAAACAGGUUGGGUUACAUAAUGAGUAUAUCAUAAACUAUUUUAUACUUCGUUCUCUUUGUAAUGUAGAUUAUCAUGAAAAGUAAUCCUUUGAUCUUUAUUUUGAUGAGUCUUCAUUUUGAAAAAAAUACUCUAAGACUUAGUCUUUCAAACUCACAAAGUCCAUGAAUUAAAUCAAAGAUACUGUGUACAGGAAUGAAUAUGUCAGCCAUGUUUUACAUUGCAAAUUACAUUCAACAGAUUUUGCCAGCCGAAAACACCAUCAAAUUUCCACUUCCACUGCUAUGCUUACUUUAAAUGUUUUGGGUUUUUUUUGUUUUGUUUUUUUCAUCUGUUUGUCUUCUGAUAUGUUUAUUUUUGCAAUUUUUAUUUUUCAUUUGCUUUUUGUUUUUCUAUAUCCUAGCCAUAUUCAUGUAUAGUGAUAACCACUUUAGGUUGGUGAGAGUUAUGAAUAUUCAUGUAUAGUGAUAACCAUUUUAGGUUGGUUUGAGAGUUAUGAAUAUUCAUGUAUAUUGAUAACCAUGUUAUGUAGAUUUGAAAGUUUUGAAUAUUAUUCAAUACAUAUGUUUGAUUUGCAGUGAAACUGUAUAUGAGGGAUAUUAGUGUUAAAUACUGUGUUUGACACGGUAAUUAUUUAUUUUGUUUUGAAAAAUUUGAGAAGAAAUAUAAGCUUGAUUCAUUUUAAUUAUAUUUUUCUACUGUAAGAGAGAGAGAGAGAGAGAGAGAGAGAGAGAGAUGUGCAAAAUUAAAUAAUAAUGUGUGCAAGUUAGCAAGACUUUAAGUCUUAAAAUAAAGAUACAUACAAUGUGUAUUAUUUAUACAUGUGAAUGAAAAAUGUGUACUUUGUGUACAUGAAAUAAAUGCAUAAUUUACA